AUGGCCGAUGCGAUGGAGAUGAUGUUGUUGUCGUUACUUUCACCGGCGAUCGCUUGUGAAUGGGGAGUGUCGCCUGUACAACAGGCGCUCGUCACCACAUGCGUGUUCAGCGGCAUGAUGCUGAGCAGCACAUUCUGGGGCAAGACUUGUGAUCGAUUCGGCAGGAGGGUGGGCUUGAUAGCUUCAACUCUCGUCGCCUCGGUAAUGGGAGCGAUCAGUGCUUUCUCACCACAUUUCUAUGUACUGCUCUUCUUCAGAGGGCUAACCGGCUUCGGAAUCGGAGGCGUACCCCAAUCUGUCACUUUGUACGCGGAAUUCUUACCGACACAUCAGCGAGCUAAAUGCGUCGUGCUGAUCGAAUCCUUCUGGGCAAUUGGGGCAGCUUUUGAAGCGCUUCUAGCUUACCUCGUCAUGGAAACAUGGGGAUGGAGAGCUUUAGUGCUGCUCUCGUCGUUGCCUUUGGGAUUGUUCGGGAUCCUUUCUUUUUGGCUUCCUGAAUCUGCUCGUUACGACAUGGCGUCCGGUCAUCCAGAAAGGGCCUUGGCGACGUUGCAGAAGGCCGCAAAAGAGAACCGCGUGAAACUUCCAGAGGGACAACUUGUUCUUGGUCAUUCUCAAACUACGGAGAAACGUGGUGACAUUGCUGAUCUGCUGUCGCCAGAUCUACGUCGUACCACACUGUUGUUAUGGCUCAUUUGGGCCGUGAAUGCCUUUUCCUAUUACGGUAUGGUUCUCUUCACUACCGUACUCUUCCAAUCGCAUGAUGAAUGUCAUGGUGGACUGUUCUCGAACGGAACACAUUUCGAAACAUGUCAGCCGCUCACUCGAAAGGACUACUUCGAUCUGCUUUCGACAACGAUGGCCGAGUUUCCCGGUAUGUUUGUGGCUGGGAUUGAGGCCUUCUUGCUCAUUUGUGUUUCGUUUUCAACCGCCCUUUUGCCUACCACUGCCUUCUAA